UGGACAAAACAGCGGCAUCUUUUAUUUCAAAAGAACCAACAAACAUAAAAAGUAACAUUAAAAACAACAGUGAUAUCAAAGAUAUAGAAGUUAUGGUCACGAUAGAGCAACCCGAAGUAAUAAUUAACAAUGACAAUGAUAAAGGUAAAGGAAAACAAAUUGACUUUGAAGAAUUGACAAUUGAUAUCGAAGAAAAUAAUAGGAACGAAUGGACCGAAGUAACAAAUAAAAAGAAAAAGGCAAAAAACAUAGACAAUACGGUGUCACCGGUGGUUCCUUGGUUCUCAAGAACCACCUAA